UGUUUAUCGAACAGUUUGUCUAAAGGACAGACACUUCUCCAGCAGUUCCCAUGGAGUUCCAGCUCUCAUCAAACAGAGACCUCGCUUGGAAGCACCAGAUAACCACCUCUCCCGCCCAUUAUACUAGACAAUCUGCACUCAUGUCUUCAACGUCCAAGAAGCACCAGUCCUUCUGCUCGGAGCCCAUGAAGGGAAAGCCAGUGACGGCCCUGCCAGGUAUAGGGCCUGCCCAUGGCAGCCAGCUGCAGUCCAGUGGCUACCGCAAUGCUACCGACGUGUUUGGGAAGUACCUGACGGUGCACGAGAACUGCAACCAGUUCGAGGGCUGGCUGAGAGACGAGAGCGGAGCCUACGCCAAGCAGCAGGGCGACUGCUACCGUGCGCUGAGGGAGUGGACCGACAACAACCUGUAACACCAUGCACCACUGGGCCGAGGGCAUGUAAUAAACAUACAGGCAGUACUGUGCAUGAGUCACAUGACUUCUCAUAUAACAAAUUUCCCAUUGGUCUUCGCUACAAUACUUGUUGUUGUGACUAAAAAAAAAAUAGUAUGAACUGUAUGAAUGAAUGUUACUUCUAUUCAACUGUAAGUGGACUCUAGAGUAUCAUAAAUGCAUUUAUAAACCACUUAAAUGGCAUGUGAUCACCAUGUCUGUUUUUAUUGGCUGGAUGCUUGUUAUAAUAAAGAAUAAAUGAA